AUGUCGUCAUCUCAGGUUCCGACGGAUUUGUUGUACGGCAGCGGAGGAUACUCUGCAAACUCUAGAAACUCUAGAAACUCUGGAAACUCUGCCAAUUCCGCUGCCUCCGCAACCUCUGCUUUGUCGCCAAUUACAAUACUUACACCGACCUCGGCCAGCACAGUCUACACCUCGCCCGAUUCGGCAAUUCAGCCUUUUUUCGGCCCCAAGUCUGAACCUGAAGAUGGCGACGGCACGAGCAGCGGAGGUAGCGUCACCGCCGUACCUCCGUUCUCCGAACCCCUAAAGAAGAAACAGAAGCGCAACAAACCGACACUAUCAGAGACAUCGCGGUCGGCCACCAACGGCCGCAGGAUGACGAAACCACCGAAGAAGAAGGUGACGAUGAGUGGGAUGAGGCCUUCGAUUCCAAAUAUAGCAGAUAGAGGUAUUCCCAUCAGUCGGAUGACAUCUCGUGGGUCCGUAGAACUGUCAACAGGGCUCCUCUCUAACGUGUCUCUAUCCCACCCAACAGCAUCCAAUGUCUUUGGGGUGGGCUCAGAACAUCCUUUCGCCAACUACUGGACUUGCGAGGGUGGACUCCCCGAGGUCAUCGGGGUUCUACCCGACAAGUUACAGACCGAUAUCCUCAUCAGCCAGUACUACGAUUGCGUGGACCCGGUCUAUCCCAUGAUCGAUCGCCAUACGUUCUAUCUCGAGUACGAGCACUUCUGGUCCUUACGAGAUUCCGAUAAGACCGAUGCUGCUUUCGUAGGCUUGCUCUUCACCAUGAUGGCUCUGGGAACGCAAUUCGUGAUGACCACGAAUCCUAAAGAUCGCAAGCAAACUGCCGAGUUCUACGCCUCGGCGGGCAAUCAGGCGUUACGUAUGUCCUCUUAUUUAAAUACGGCUUCGUUACGCUCUGUUCAAGCUAUGGUUCUAGUUGGCUAUUUCUUGAUAAACGACAACCAUGCGUCAGACGGCUGGGCCUUUUCAGGCUUGUUAUUGAGGCAAGCUUAUGCGAUGGGUCUGCAUAGGGACCCGAAUAUAGUGGUCCCUGGCGCAAGCGAAUUCGAAAAGCAACAACGGCGCAAGCUCUGGCAAGCCGUCCUCGUGCAGGAUACCUUUCUAACGGUGCUACUCUCGCUACCUCCCAACGCCACGCACACGGACGUCAAAGUCGAGGACUUCGUCGACGACAUAUCCGGGUUCGGCGAGUCGAACCCGAUCGACACGGCAUACAUCCGCGGGUCCUGGAUGCUAGCAAACCUAGUCCAAGAAACCAUCUCCAGCCCGCGCUCUCUCGACGUACCCAUCUGCUCCACGCAGCGGCAGAAGUCGAAACUGGUGGCGGACUUCCGCGCCGUCUACCGUUCGUUCCCCGACGUGUUCCGGUCGUGGGACCAGGAGAGCAUCGCGCAGCUCGCAUGCACGAACAAGCGCGUGGUGCGGCAGACGCUGUUUCUGAGUAGCAACUACUACCACAACCUCAUGCUAGUGCACGCCUCCGAGAGCCCCGACGUCCCUGUUAACAUCCGCGCGACGCUCGAGGCCGCGCACGAGGCCAUCACGUGUUUCUUCGUGCUGUGCACGCUGUUCGACCCCGAGGCGAGGGUGUGGUGGGUUUUUCACCACAGGGCGUUUUUAGAGGCCCUGUGUAUAGGGAGCGUGCUGCGCGAGGCGGGGAGAGAUCCGGCGACUUCGGAUCAGUUCCUGAGAGAUCCGCUGUUUGCGAGGGCGAGGGCGGAUAUAACGCGGAUGGUCCAGAUCAUGAAGAUGAUGGCGGAUGGCGAGUGGGGCUCUGAUGACGCGAGGACGAGGGUGGCGGUUUUGAGCGAGUUCUUGUAG